UGCCUCGCCCCUCACGACAUAAUAUGAGUUGAGUCACUAAACACUCAAGCACAGUCUCCUCAGGCAGGUACAUUGUUUUACUGGAAGAAUCAGGACUCCUCUCCAAGUUCACCUCUCCAAGUUCACAAACUUCUUGCUCUUACACAACCUCCCGUGAUUCAACCCGACCUCUGACCUUUCGUUACAGUUGACCAGUAUAACCCAUCCCGUCCAUUUUACGGCUGUGUCUCUGAGAAUCUGUGCAACAACACCAACCUGUCACGACGAUAUUUUGGCUUCAGUACCUCAGUGUCCUGCUGCAACACUCCCCACUGCAACGUCCCAGAUCUGGGGUUACAGUGUUUGACGUGCACAGACUCGUCAUGUUCUUCUCAGCGCUCGGUGACCUGCUCCAAACUCGCCCCCUUCUGUUACACUGAUGCCUACGCAGGGUCUUAUGAUUAUGGAAGCUCCAGUUACAUCACGAUCAGAAAAGGCUGUGCUUCAUCCUCGGUCUGUACAGCUGCAGGGUCUGAGUUUGAUUCUUAUGACUAUGGCUACAGUUCUUACCUCAGAAACAAAACAUGCUGCGACACAGACGACUGCAACGCUCCAAACCCGACCUUUCACAGACUUCAGUGCAUGAGCGGCUCCGGCUCUAGUCAGCGUUUAGUCAACUGCUCCUUUCAAACUACUGCAUGUUACUCCAGAUCCUACACAGGCUCCUACGAUUAUGGAGACUACAGUUACACCUACAACUACACCUAUAAAGGCUGUGCUUCUGCUUCAGACUGUACAGCUGCAGGGUCUGAGUUUGUUUCAUAUAAUUAUGGCCCCAACACUUAUGCUGUAAACACCACGUGCUGCGACACAGACAACUGCAACGAAAAUCAUUCCAUUGUGGCGCCCCCUGUUGGCUCUCUGCAGUGUUACAGCUGUGAUCCUUACUCUUAUGAAUGCACUGCCAAUGUGACCUGUAACACCCAGGAGGUGUGUGGACAGGCUGUGGUUGACCAGUAUAACCCAUCCCGUCCAUUUUACGGCUGUGUCUCUGAGAAUCUGUGCAACAACAUCACCCUGUCACGACGAUAUUUUGGCUUCAGUACCUCAGUGUCCUGCUGCAACACUUCCCACUGCAACAUCCCAGAUCUGGGGUUACAGUGUUCGACGUGCACAGACUCGUCAUGUUCUUCUCAGCGCUCGGUGACCUGCUCCAAACUCGCCCCCUUCUGUUACACUGAUGCCUACGCAGGUUCUUACGAUUAUGGAAGCUCCAGUUCCAGCUACAGUGUGAUCAGAAAAGGCUGUGCUUCAUCCUCGGUCUGUACAGCUGCAGGGUCUGAGUUUGAUUCUUAUGACUAUGGCUCCAGUUCUUACCUCAAAAACAAAACAUGCUGCGACACAGACGACUGCAACGCUCCAAACCCGACCUCGCCCCCUGUUGGCUCUCUGCAGUGUUACAGCUGUGAUCCAGACUCUUAUGAAUGUACUGCCAAUGUGUGUGUAUCUGACAUCAGCUCCUACAACUAUGGAGACAACAGUUACACCUACAACUACACCUAUAAAGGCUGUGCUUCUGCUUCAGACUGUACAGCUGCAGGGUCUGAGUUUGUUUCAUAUAAUUAUGGCCCCAACACUUAUGCUGUAAACACCACGUGCUGCGACACAGACAACUGCAACGAAAAUCAUUCCAUUGUGGCGCCCCCUGUUGGCUCUCUGCAGUGUUACAGCUGUGAUCCUUACUCUUAUGAAUGCACUGCCAAUGUGACCUGUAACACCCAGGAGGUGUGUGGACAGGCUGUGGCUGAAAGACCCGACCUUCACUUUACAUGUAGUGAUGAAUGCAGGGACGAACUUAAUGCAGCCCUUAGUGCUUUCUGA